AUGGGUGUCCCUUUCGAGGCUCUCCUUCCCUUCGGCAUCAUCAUCGGAUCGUUCACUGUCGGCGGUGCCGGCUUGUGGGCUAUCCGGAGAUGGGACAACGAGGGCAAGAUGCCGCGGUGGAACAAGGAUAAGUGGGAUAGAGUAAUGAUGGAGAGAGACCUGAGAAUCACGGGCACGAAACGAGGACAAUCGAGCAACCCGGAAGCUCCCAAGGGAUUCGAGCUCAGCAACCCCUGGAAGAUCGAGAAACGGAUUUUCUAG